UUCACCACCACGACUAUCAACAUAUGCCAGCAUCAGGCGGCAAUCCGAACACUUCUAGACUGUUCUAUUUUACACGUCCACUUAGUUAGCAUCCAACUUAUUCAUUCACAUUCAUUUCCUCACAGAAGUCUUCAAGGAACCAUCAUCUCCAUCAUCCUCUCACCCCACCUUACCCUACCACAGCCUAGCCAGGCGAGAUGGCUUCCCACGUCGUGGUCAUCGACUCGGCCCUCCGACGAACAACAAUCAAAACUACUCCGAAUACAUCCCUCAGCGAAGUGUUAGAAGAAGCCUGCAGUAAGCUGGGAUUGAAUGCUGCUCAGUACGGCCUCAAACACAGUAACAAACAAGUCGACCUCUCAAGAACAAUACGGCUAGCCGGCCUCUCUGCAGGCGCCAAACUUGAACUCGUUCAACUCUCCAAAUCCGCCGGCGUUGUGUCGGUAGCACUGCAACUCCCAGAGUCAGAAGCGGGAGCAACACCCAAUGCAAGACUCACAGACAAAUUCCCCAGCUCAACAACGUUAUGGCUGGUGCUGAGAAAGUUUGAAGCUGGAGUUGCUGGAGCCAGUGGUUCUCGGAAUUUCACAGCAAGAGGGGUCCCUUCGACAAGCCAAGAUGGUUCAGGAACAUUGUAUUAUGAGCAACCGGUCAUACAAGUCAUGAACAGAGAGUUGUCGUCGUUUACAGAUCUACAAAAGUCAUUGGCACAACUAGGCUUCAACAGUGGCUCUGUACUGCUGAGGUUGAGUUUCAGGAUCACCGACACACCUCUGGAAGAGGCGAUGGCUCUGAUACAAGGAUAUUUUGACUCUGUAGAGCCAUCAACGAGUACGACAGCACAGGCUCAAGCCACAGAACCCCCAGCCCCUCUCGAGCCGUCUGUGGAAGCAGCAGAGCCUGCUCCAUCAGAAACAGCUCUUUCUCAAUCCCAGGACGAAUCCCAGCCUCCUGCGCCUUCCUCCCCACAGCCAGAACCGAUAACGACGGCCACAAGUCGUCCAGUCUCUGUCUUCCGACCACCAAGUUCAUCCACGCCUGCGGCUGCUCGCCAGCCACAUAACGAUGGGGACUACGCGCCUACUGUCGAACAUGCACAUGUCCACCAGAAGUUGCUUCAACAGAAUGGGAGAAACACCAGAUUACUCACCGACGCGCAGUUAGCAGCACAAGCGAAGGAAGAAGCCGCGAAGUGGGCUGCAGUGAAAGAUGUCGAGAUCAAAAUCCGGUUCCCAGAUCAAAGUGCAGCCAGUGCCAAAUUUGGACAAUCCGAUUCGGCAGCAGAUUUGUACAACUUCGUCAGAGAGUGUUUGGCAGAGCGGUGGCGGUCAGAACCGUUCCUUCUCAGAAAUCCUGGUGUUCGAGGGAAGAAUGAUGUAAUCUCAGAUGAUGCAAAUCAAAAGGUGAUCAAAGAUCUUCAGCUCAAGGGUCGAGUAUUGGUCAUCUUUGAUUGGGUUGACAGCAAAGCCAGCGUUGAAGCCAGGAGCACAAAGGCUGUCUUGAAAGAAGAAUUAAGGUCUCAAGCUCAAGAGUUGAAGGUGCAUGACGUAUCUGGUGGUGUUGAAGAUCAGCAUGACCCGGGUAUGAAAGUAGACGUCAGUAAGAAGGAGACAAAACCCGACGAUGGAGGAAAGGCGAAAAUGCCCAAAUGGCUGAAGGGUUUCAGCAAGAAAUAGACGUUGACCUGGUCCGUUGAGGAUUGUAUGACUUUUAGCGUGGCCGUGGCAUUGCAGCGUACUAUCUUAGCAUGAAAGAGAGAGUGAGAACAUGAUAUAUGAGACUUCAA